ACUCUCUCUCUCUCUGUUCUAGAAGUCUAGAAUCAUCUGCUUUUCAAUUUCCUCCACAGAUCUCUCGUCGAACUGUAACAUAUUUUUUUGGCUCGUCUCUUCAGCCAUCGGCUGCCAUUCUCUAUCGUCCACCCCUCUUCAUUUCUGCUUCGCCCAAGCCUGCGCGGAUCCGUUCGCCGCCGAUGAUUCUGAAGCCUUGAUGAAUCCUCACAUAGGGCUCUCUUUCUUCAUGGGCCAACCGCCUUACGAUGCCUGAACUGCGUAGCAGAGCGCGCAGGAACUGGGCAUUACAUAACCCAAUCCCUAAGCCGAUUACCAAACCCCAUCAGCCCACGGUAAGAACUCGUCAGAGGAGGAGAACCAACGUGCAGAACAGGGAGAAUCCGCAGCAGAAGAACACGAUCGGGGUUGAAGAAACUAAUUAUAUUGUGAGCAAGGACGUUGGCGCCAUUCCUGAAAGGAGGACGUUGGGAGAUAAGGAAGGGAAAGAACAGGGACAAGCGCCAGACGCAAAGCUUAGGGUUUUGAGAGAGAACGUUGGGGAUAAAGCCAUGGAUGAUUAUGAGAGUGGUGGCCAUAGUCCCGAUAAGGCUCCGGCUGCCGAAGACGAGGGCUGCACCGCUCCGUUACCAGAGAAGGUCCAGGUUGGUGGUUCACCAGUAUAUAGAAUUGAUAGAAAAUUGGGAAAAGGAGGAUUUGGACAAGUCUAUGUUGGCAGGCGUGUUGUUGCAACAAAUCCCAUUGAACUGACUGGUCCUGGAGCUGUGGAGGUGGCCUUAAAGUUUGAGCAUAGAAGCAGUAAAGGCUGCAACUAUGGACCACCAUACGAGUGGCAGGUUUACAAUGUGUUGGGAGGUAGUCACGGUGUUCCGCGAGUUCAUUAUAAGGGGAGGCAAGGUGAUUACUAUGUCAUGGUAAUGGAUAUGCUUGGCCCUAGUCUAUGGGACGUGUGGAAUAACAACUCUCAUGCGAUGUCUAUAGAAAUGGUAGCUUGUAUUGCCAUUGAGGCAAUAUCCAUAUUAGAGAAGAUGCAUUCUAGAGGCUAUGUUCACGGUGAUGUAAAACCUGAGAACUUCUUGCUUGGCUCCCCUGGAACUACUGAUGAGAAGAAGCUGUUUCUUGUCGAUCUGGGACUUGCUACCAGAUGGCGCGAUAGUUCAACAGGCCUUCAUGUUGAGUAUGAUCAACGCCCAGAUGUAUUUAGGGGGACAGUACGAUAUGCUAGUGUGCAUGCUCAUCUUGGUAGAACUGGCAGCAGAAGAGAUGAUUUGGAAUCUCUUGCUUAUACACUGAUCUUCCUACUUCGUGGUCGGCUUCCGUGGCAAGGAUAUCAGGGAGAUAACAAAGGAUUCCUUGUCUGCAAGAAGAAGAUGGCCACAUCCCCAGAAACUUUGUGCUGUUUUUGUCCUCAACCCUUUCGACAGUUUGUUGAGUAUGUUGUGAAUUUGAAGUUUGAUGAAGAACCAAAUUAUGCAAAGUACAUCUCCCUUUUUGAUGGAAUUGUUGGCCCGAAUCCGGACAUCAGGCCAAUAAAUACUGAGGGCGCUCAGAAGCUUAUAUGUCAGGUUGGUCAUAAGAGAGGACGAUUGACCAUAGAAGAUGACGACGAUGAACAACCUAAGAAGAAGGUCAGAAUGGGAAUGCCAGCAACUCAAUGGAUCAGUGUUUACAAUGCUCGUCGACCAAUGAAGCAAAGGUAUCAUUACAAUGUGGCAGACAUGCGCCUGUCUCAACACAUUGAGAAAGGAAAUGAGGAUGGGUUAUUUAUAAGCAGCGUGGCUUCUUGUUCUAAUCUUUGGGCACUUAUUAUGGAUGCUGGCACUGGUUUCUCUUCACAAGUUUAUGAACUCUCACCGUAUUUUCUUCAUAAGGAUUGGAUUAUGGAACAAUGGGAAAAAAAUUAUUACAUCAGUGCUAUAGCAGGGGCUAAUAAUGGAAGCUCAUUGGUUGUAAUGUCUAAAGGGACCCAGUACGUGCAGCAGUCCUAUAAAGUGAGUGAUUCAUUUCCAUUCAAGUGGAUUAAUAAAAAAUGGAGAGAGGGCUUUUACGUCACUGCCAUGGCAACUGCUGGAAGUAGAUGGGCUAUUGUCAUGUCCCGUGGUGCAGGAUUUUCAGAUCAGGUUGUGGAACUUGAUUUCCUGUAUCCCAGUGAAGGUAUUCAUCGGAGGUGGGAUGGUGGUUACCGAAUCACAUCUACUGCUGCAACAUGGGACCAAGCUGCUUUUGUUCUGAGCGUCCCAAGAAGAAAACCAGCUGAUGAAACUCAAGAGACGCUUCGCACAUCUGCUUUCCCUAGUACUCAUGUUAAGGAAAAGUGGGCCAAAAACUUGUACAUAGCAUCUAUUUGUUAUGGGAGAACAGUUUCAUGAGCUGCUGAAGGUCUGCAGAGAUUCUAGUUGAUGUCGAUUGGCCUCUUACAGCCAAAUGUGAUCCGAAGAUUUGCUCUGACAGUUUUGAACAAAUGCCGUUCAGCAUUGAUGUAUGCUAAACCUCUCUUUAUGGUCGCCAUCACAUAUCAUUUGAUACAAUAGCUGUUCACUGUUAUGAGCUAAAUUAAAUCUUUCAUUUCCAUUGGGAUGAGUCUUGGUUAAAAAAAAAAAUGUAUAGAUGUGAACGAUAAUUACUUUGUUGAAGGCAUUUUCACAGUCCAGGUUUUUAAUUAUUGAAGGCAUUUUGCAAAAAUGCACCUGAUUUUCCAGUGAAAGCUGGCCACUUUUAGCUGUUUAGGCUUGUACGUAGAUCCUUUUGUCCCUUCCUCUUGACUUAAAGCUGCUGCUAGCCUCAUGUCUGAAUUUGACCUUAUGACAGAAAGUUGUGUACUCUGGCCACAGUUUGUAAUUGAUUAUUAUGAUCACUAUAUUAUUAUUUUGUCAUCAACUACGAUUGUAGUUUAUAGUCAGUAACUUUCUCUUGGAGAAUUUGUAUUUGGCGGUUCAUCUGAUGAAAUGUUAGUGAUGUUAAUUUGAUUGAAACAAAGGUUAUGGGUGGUUUAUUCUGAAUUUCAUCCAAAAUUAUGCCGACCUCUCCUCUUUAGUUGCAGUUCAGCUGUGAUGUUGAGCAUCAAACUUGACCAAGCUUUUCUGGUCCCGGUCUGUUUUCUAUUACAUUUAUCUUGACUAUUUCAGUUUUGGAAGGUCAAGGUAUGUACAUGGUUACAUCUAUAUAAGCUUCUGGGUGUCUCAGAAAAGGAGCUAUGUAAGCAUCUGCAUAUGUUCUAGCUGUGACAAAUGAUAGCCGUCUUUCUGCUUCCUGUUUGACUGACAAUGUCACCCCACUGCUCUAACCACUUUGUGCUUCCAGUAUCAAAAUCUUCAAUGUCUCUUGGCCUGUCAGUCUGCGUGGCUGGGUGCUUAUUUUGUCCGACUCUUACUGCCAUCGAACUUGGCAAUUUGCAGCUUUGAUAAUAAGUUGGCUAUCUGGGAGGUCCUAUUAAGGUGACAAAAAUACUUGGAUAGCUGUAUUUGUUUUUAUCACCUGAGUUUACUUGAAAUCUGAAGCAGAUAUGCCCAUGAAUGUUCGAUCAUUUGGCCUGAUGGCACCUUUCUUCUGCUCCUGACAUUGGGAAAUUAUGGCUCUUAUGGCGCUUCACAAUUUUCUCUUUAAGUUCUAUGCCUGUCAUAAUUUGCAGAUUUAUUCAUGCUGGUUCGAAACCUCAAUGAUGCUGGACCAACACUUUUGGAGCAUUUUAAUCCAUGUGAUUAUUGCCCCUUCUCAAACAGUUUUGAGAUUUUUUCCCGUUUUAAAACAAGUGGGAGAGAGGAAAAAAAGGUGGGGGAUUGUAACAGCGAGUCUGAAACAAGUUGAGACUAAUUGUCAAAAAUGCCAAGGAAAUUAAACAAAGCUAGCUGUAAGCUAGCAACAUUUGGCUUCAA